AUGCUAAUGGUGCCAUUAUUUCUUUUCAUUUCCUUGAAGCAUUUCUUUGAAGGCGUUGAAGCUCGUGUAGCCCAGGGUAUAAGAGAGGAAGAAGUAAGCUAUCAGCUUGCAUUUAACAAACAAGAGCUUCGUAAAGUUAUUAAAGAGUACCCUGGAAAGGAAGUGAAAAAAGGCUUAGACAACCUCUACAAGAAGGUUGAUAAGCAUUUGUGUGAAGAGGAGAACUUACUCCAGGUGGUAUGGCACUCCAUGCAGGAUGAAUUUAUACGCCAGUACAAGCACUUUGAAGGUUUGAUAGCUCGCUGUUACCCUGGAUCUGGUGUUACAAUGGAAUUCACUAUUCAGGACAUUCUGGAUUAUUGCUCCAGCAUCGCACAGUCCCACUAAACUGUAUGAAAGGAGAAAAGAUAAAUGAAAAAGCAGUCUGAGUACAUUAUUCAAAAACAUCAAGCAACUGUUUUGAAAACCCAGACUUGAAAUUUUUUUUUUCCUUCUGCUUUUUCUCCCCAAAUCCCCCCAGUACAUAGUUGUAUACCUUAGUUGUGAGUCCCUCCAGUUGUGGCAUGUGGGACGCCACCUAAGCAUGGCCUGAUGAGCAGUGCUAUGUCCACGCCCAGGAUCCAAACCGGUGAAACACUGGGCCGCUGAAGCAGAGCAAGUGAACUUAACCACUCAGCCACGGGGCUGGCCCCCAGACUUGAAAUUCUGUGUAUUAUUAAGUAUCAGAUAAAUGGGUAAUACCAUACUACAAGUAUUCAAGGGCAAAGGGCAUACCAACCUAUGUAACAAUUUUAUUUGCCCAGUAGGUUGUGUACUAACUUAAAGUAUUUAUCGCAUCAUAAAAUGCCUUUAGCCUAUUUCUAUGACUGAAUAGGAAAUUUUCCUUGAUUGCCCAGCUUCUUGUAUUUGAGAGUAGGUAUCCUCUGUGUAAUACCCUGAGAGUUCUUCAGCUCUCACUAAUUCAGUUUUGUUUACAAAUCAUGUAACUACUAAAACAUUGUAUAGAAUUUUUUCCCUCUAACUAAUGUGUAUAUGGAUAAGGGAUCUUGUGAUGAGCAGUUGUAAACUUGGGUUUUGAGGAUUAUGUGACUGUGUAGCAAUGAUUCUGAAAUAAAAAAAUUUUCAAAAAAGUUGAAAUUUGAUAAUUUUCUUAGAUCUGUUAUAUGCUCUUUUGUAUAUAUAAAAGCACCUUCUUAGAAAAUCAAUCUACAAAAAUUAAUUAUGUGUUCAUUUACUGCAAAACACUUAAAAGUGUAAUAAGAAAAAUAAAACCGUUUAUAAUAUGCAUGAAAAAUAUCUAGUACUUCGGACUAAGUGUAACACAAUGUCCUAAGGAAUGAAUUUCGUCCCCCUCAAAAUUCAGAUGUGGAAGCCCUAGCUGCUCCCCUCAUGUGACUGUAUUACAGAUAAGGUCUUCAAGGAGGUAAUUAAGGCUAAAUGAGGUCAUAAGGAUGGAGCCCUGAUCCAGUAGAUCUGAGAAGAGACAGCAAAGCUCGCUCUCUGCCAUCUGUGGACACAGCAAGGAGGUGGCCAUCGCAAGCCAGGAAGAGACCUCACCAGAACCCAACCAAGCUGGCACCCUGAUCUCAGCCUU